AUUCUGACUUGUCUGUAAGAAUCUUCCGCCUCGCUUUUACCACUUCCCAACAACCUGGCAUAGUUCACACGCUGACUUGACGCGACUGAGCUUUACUAGUGUGUGAAACUGAAAACAGUCCAACAUCGAUCGUAGGAAUUUAGGGCUAUGCCAUCGGAAAACUCUCGUGUCUGAAACUAAGGGUUUGCGUGAGAGUAUAGCGUUACAAAAGUUAAAUGUUCUCUUGAUAAAUGAAAGUGUACGCUAUGAGAGAAACGUCUAAUACACUGCAAAAGUGGUUAACAGUAGCAAUUAACCCAAAACGGCCUUUCCUCUAUUGUUUAUACCAUGUUUGCACUACCGUACAAUGACUGGUCCCUGUACAUCACACUUGUCCAAUCAAAAUCUAAUGGCGCUCAGGUCACGUGGACAGAUUUCGUGGCGUGCAGGCUGCUGGUGGAGCAGCCACCAGUAGUGCGCCAUUGUUCGAAGGGGAGGAGAUUGUCGGAGAUUUCCACAUUAAACCGCCGUUUUUCGCGGCCGGUGGCUUCAUAUACAGACAAAUUGGUGUUUAGGUGUCAAAAUGACUAUCAUACUUUUUCUUGUUGACACUAGUGCGUCCAUGAAUCAACGCACAUAUCUGGGAACCACAUUGAUCGAUGUAGCAAAGGCUGCGGUUGAGACAUUUAUGAAGAUUAGGGCCCGCGAUCCGAAUAGCCGAUGGGACAGAUACAUGCUUCUGACAUUCGAAGAUCCUCCAGCGAAUGUGAAGGCUGGAUGGAAGGAAAGCCAUGCAACUUUUGCAACAGAACUGAAGAACCUAAAAGCUGGAGGUCUGACCACAAUGGGUCCAUCUUUAAAAAAUGCCUUUGAUCUGCUCAACCUGAAUCGGAUGCAGACUGGAAUAGACACCUAUGGACAGGGUCGCAGUCCAUUCUAUUUGGAGCCAGCUGUAAUCAUAGUCAUUUCUGAUGGAGGAGCUCUCACUACACCCAGUAGUGUGCAAAAUGAGCUCAACUUGCCUAUGAACACUGUGGUACCAGGGUCAGAACUGACUAAAGAACCAUUCAGAUGGGACCAGCGCAUAUUUGGCCUUGUUCUUCGUCUACCUGGCAGUGUACCUCCUGAUGUAACAAACUUUCCAUUCAUCCCAUCAGCAGACAAUAGUUCUAUUGACGUCAUGUGUGAGGUCACAGGAGGUCGAUCAUAUGCUGUGUACAGUCAGAAGAUGAUAAAUGCAGCAUUGGAAUCGCUUGUCCAGAAAGUGCAGAGUGGUGUGGUCAUCAGUUUUGAAAAGUUUGGGCCUGAUCCUCCUCCUCCUCCUCUGGAAGGGCUGAAAUCAGAAAAUGGAUCAGACUCAAAUGGAAAUGCAAAAGAGAAUCAGGAUGUGAACAAGCAAAUUAUAGAAGAUGUUUUGGAGGACAAGAAGUCCAUCAUACCUGUGCCUCCACAGCAACUGCAGCAUCCUUCUCAGCAGCUGAACAACAUUAAUUGGCAGUGCUGCAGACGUCUGAUAUAUGUGCCAAGGUCUGCUCAAAAAGGAUAUUCUGUCGGUCACUGGCCCAUCCCGGAGGCCUUUUGGCCUGAUAUGAGCAAUCCUACACUGCCUCCCAGAACAGCACAUCCAGUAGUGCGCUUCUCUUGUACGCCAUGUGAACCAAUGGUGAUAGAGAACCUUCCUUUUGACAAGUAUGAACUGGAGCCUUCACCUCUAACCCAGUACAUUCUGGAGAGAAGACAGCCCAAUAUUUGCUGGCAGAUAUUUGUGGCCAACAGUGCAAAGUAUGGAGACAUGGGUCACCCCUUUGGCUAUCUUAAGGCGAGCAGUGCACUGACUACUGUCAACCUUUUUGUAAUGCCUUACAACUAUCCUGUUCUUCUGCCACUGUUAGAUGAAUUGUUCAAGGUUCACAAGCUGAAACCAACUCAAACAUGGAGGCAACAGUUUGACAAGUACCUCAAGUCUAUGCCAGGAUACUAUGCAGGACCACUGAGGCGAGCAUUAGUCAGAAUGGGGGCACCAAACCUUGUCCCAGACAAUUUAGACAACUGUCUAAGCUACUCAGUCAUUACUUACCUGAAGAAACUGAAGAACCAGGCCAAAGUUGAAAUGGACCGGCUGAAUGCAUCUGUGGGGCAGAAAGUGCCUCUUAAUGAAGGAAUUAACGUGGAUUCAAGGACAAAAACAUCAGUCUUGCAAAGACGAGAUUUCUCUCAGCUGCUGGCCAGCCUAGGAGGAAAUAUCUCCAUACUGAAGCAGGAGCUAAUGACAGAUUACUCGUCAUUCCGUAUUGCUGUCCCUGACCCUUCUCUUCGACCCCAGUGCUACAGAAAUCCUUAUGACAUUCCUCGCAAGAACCUGCUGGAUCAGGUGACUCGUAUGAGGAAAAAUCUGCUGCAAACUUCGCACAUGGCACAGACAUUAAUGGAGCAGGAGGAGAGCCAUAGUGUACCAGUUCAGCAAAUGGGUAAUUACCAGGAACAGCUGAAGAAGCAGCCGCCACCACUUAGGCCUAUAGACAACCAACCCAUUCGCUUGCACACAUUUGGAAAUCCUUUCAAGGUUAACAAACAGAACAUGUUAAUGAUUGAUGAGGCUGAAGAUGCAGUUGUGUUUGGAAAUCAAUCACCUAAACGAAAAAUUGUUGAUAGCCAAACAUCACUUGGACCUGGACGUAAAAGGAAGCCUGGUCCGUUGCCAAGGAAUGUUCCAUAUCGAGUGCUGGCAUCACCAGUCCGCACCCCACCUGCAUCACCUGCUUGGUCCAUGUCUGAUGAUAAUGCAUCUGUGCUUUCAGAAGAUGAGAGCCCACUGUCAAUUGUGAUUGAUGAAGACACAGACGAAGAAGGCUCUGAAUGUGGUGAGUUCAGCAGUGAUUCUGAAUCCCCAUCAUCGCCAGCACCAACAGCAGCAACACUAGCUCCAGAACUUGCACCCAAACCAGCAGCAACAGUGCCAUCACCAGCAGCAACAAGUACACAGUUGCCAUCUGUGAUAGCCAGUAAUCAUGUGACUACACCUGUGUCUAAUCACGUCAUCUCCAACCACAACCACAUCAGCAGGAGUGGGGAUGAGAGUGACCAGGAGCUGCGUUCACAUGUCAUGUCCAACAACAUUUCUUCAGAUGGGGAUCUGAAGGGAACCUGUGUAGCAGGGAGCACAAACAAAUAUGCCAGUGGUGCAGGAAGUGCUAACUCUGUGACAAACAACAAAAAUAACAGCAUAUCCUACAACAAUAGAAUGCUGGAGAUUUGGAAUUUCAAUUGUAAACUUAAGACCAAAAUCUGUAAGGAGGUGAAAAAGCCUGGAAGAGAUUUCAACAUGCUUUUCAAGUACUUGGGUACUGUGCAAGGAAACUUGCACACCCGGUGUGCUUUUGUGAGAGACAUCAUUCAGGAAGCAAUGCGUUUCAAGCGGAAAUCUCUCAUUACUCUGUUAAAACAGUUCGAGGAGUCACUUUUGAAAGGAGACAGCAAAAAUAAGCAAGCAAAGUUGACUUUCACUUCAGGAUCAGUAAGGUGACAUAAUUCAUGGAUGUUGGUGCAUACUGAUAAUUAAACGAGGGCCACAUGGUAAGUUAUUCAGAGGAUAUUACAAGAUAUGGCCAGUCUGUGUGCAGGUUUGUUCAGGGAAUUCACAGGAUGAGAGAAGCCAAGAGGAAGAAAAACAAGCUUAGCCACCUGCACUGUUCGCAUUACUGGGAGAAAAAAAAGCUGUGAUAAAAUGUGCUAGCAGGUACUGACCUGCUGGUAUUCUGUGUUAAGUCUAAGUGUUCACUAACCAAGAAAGUAUAAGAUCUACAAACUCUUUUUUUUUUUUCAGCAUAAUGUGUGCAAUGGAAGAGUGCAAACAACUUGAUACCUGAGGUGAAUUUUUCCCCAGCUGAAUAUGUGACAUUUUGCACAGUUUCAUUUACCUGUGCUGCAUGCCAUUUUGUGUUAUUUUCUCUCAAAAUUAAUGAAUGCAGCACCAUCUGAGCAUAUUGUUCAGCUGGUCUGCAGGUGGACCACUUCGAAACCUGUGCUCUCCUUCAAGGUGAACAAACUGAACAGUCGUAACAAGACUAAGAAGACUUGGAUAUUGUAAUGCAGUCAUCAUGUUUACGGAACAAAGACACCCUGUUGUGUGGGUGAGCUUGUACAAACCUGAAGUCUUUCACCUAGAGAUGCUACUGCAUCAUUCUAAUUCUUGACCCCAAAGCAAGGCAGCCAUUAUUAUUUUAAUGAACUUACCUGACCCUGUUAUAUCUUGGCUUGUUAAGCACAAGACUAAAGGGUGACUUGUGGGUAGUUUACCUUAUAUAAUGACUGUUGUUACGGGUCAUUACAAGUUUAUCUGGUUGGUUGUUUUUUCUUCUUUGCCCUGCCUUUUUACUGGCUCUGGAUGUCAGACAAGUGUAUGUGCAUAUGUGUGAGAGAGUGUGUGUGUGUGUGCCAGCAUGCAGAUGGAUGGAAGUAUUGUGGAUUUUGGAUGGCAUGAAACACAUGACAAAUCAAAAUAUCAAAAUGGUAACUGCAUGAUGAUAUUAGUUGUUGUUUUUUUUAUUUAAUAUGGGUCCAUAUCAAAAACAGUCAAAAUAACAAAGCCAGCAACAAAUACAAUAAUGUAAUAAAGAAUUAAGAAAAUGCUUUUGAAAAAUAAUAGUAAUGUUUCAAGGUAAAGAAUGAUAAUGUAGAAAUAAAACUAUCCCUUCUGACACCUGACAUUUUUAACUGGAGCAAUGGGUUGCCGUACUCUAUAUGCUGUCAAUUUUUGUAUUGUAGUAAGAGAAAGGGGUAGGGGUGGCACAAGCAUAAAUGUGUAUGGAUGAAUAAAUGGCGUGCAUGUGUAUCGAUAAAAAAUGGGUGUGUGUUAUUGGGACUGAUUGAUCAUUGUAUGAACUUGUGUGUCUCGACAAAGAUAGUGAUAUGCACAUUUUUAUGUUCACGGAAUGAUCUUUAUGUGCCAAGUUAAAAGGGUAGCAGUAGAGAAUAACAUUGAAAGCAUUCCUGCUCUAGCUUAUUUUGACAUCAUGAGACAAGCUGGAAUAAACUUGUAUAAAGGCGUAUUGUACUGGAGGGGAGGAUGAAAAGCUUUAAAAAAAAUCAAAGCAAAUUACAGCAGAGAUAUUUUUUGCUGAAGUUCUUGCCCAAUCUUGUGUUAAGGUGUUGAUAACAUAAACACCAAGGUCCAGCUAAAGCAAAAAUCCUGCUGCACUGAAAAAAUUAAUUAAUUCUUGGAACUUUCUGAACUCCUUUGUAUGCUUACCAUCUGGUCUUUCAUGACAGAGAGUUUAAACAAUAGUAUAAAACUAGGUACAAUAAACAAAACCACUUCUUGACAAAACUGUCAUUUACAUUUGUUCUUUUGUUUCACAUUUAUACUUUUGCCAAGAGUUAUUUUCAUGCUGUUGCUGAAAUGACAAGUUUCAUUUUUCAUUUAUGUGGCACUCCAUUUUUUUCUUCCUAUUGUUGGUUGAUGAACUUAAGGCCUUCCGUUCACUUAGAAUAAAAGAUUCUCAUACAUUU